AUGUCUAAAGUAAUCGCAGUAUAUCUAGCUGAAUUUGAUGUUAGAUCUGGAUAUAAACUACUAUGGUCAUACUCAACUAUAGAUAAUUUUGUAUUUGAUGCAAUAGAAUAUAAAUCAUUACCUAGUGGAAUUCAUGAUUUCAAAAAUGCAACCACAUAUAUAAGUCAUAAAUCAAAUAAUAAAAUAUAUUAUGGAUUAAGUUGUUUUAGACAAUUUAACAUUGAUGAUUUGGGAGAUAAUAAUGAUCGUAAUAAUUUGAAAAUGUUUACAAUUGGAAUUCUUUGUGAACCAAUAAAAAGUGAAUGGAAACCAAAUGAAUUUGUAAAUAAUGGUUGGGAAUAUAUUGAUGAAAUAAAUGAAGUAUUAGAUCUAUUGGAAGAAGAUGUUAAAAAGAAUCAUAAAUUAGAUAUUGAAAAAUUUUCAAAAAAGUUUAAAAGUAUUGGAUCAAAUUCAAAUUUAUCACUACCUAAAGAACCAAUUGUUAAAAACCAUUUACUAUUAAAUCUACCUAAAUUAUUUGAAUUAACGGGGCCUUUAGUGUUUACAAUAUAUAAACAAAGUUUAUUAAGAAAAAACAUACUAUUUUUUAAUGAAACUCAUGUCACAGAAGAACAAGAAGAUACUUAUCGAAUUCUUACAUCUUUCAGUUAUUUAAUAGCGAUAUUAUCUGUAAUUCCUAAAGAUAUUAAAAUCACUUCAAAAUUAAGUUCACAACAACCAUUAUAUAAUAUUGGAUUAAAUGAAUUAUCAACAGAUUUAUUGGAAGAUUUUAAACAGAAUGGAUAUAUAGGUGUUACAAGUGAUGAGAUUUUAAAAAGUCAUAAAAUAUAUGAUAUUGGAGUUGAGGUUCAAAAUAAUAAUGCAAUAGCGUUUCAACAAAGUGAUAAAGAAAAACUACUAAAAUCAACUAUUAGAGAUUAUCAUAAAUUUCAAUCACUUUAUACUAAAUUAACAAGUAAAGAAUUCAAAUUUACAAAUAAUUCUAAUAUUUCUACAGAUGAUUUGAAUUCAAUAAAUUCAACUGAUCCAAAACAAUUUAAAUUAUAUACAGAUAUAUCACCUCAACAAGUAUUAAAUGAACCUUCUUGGUGGAAAUCAAAUGCAACUGAACCAGUAUCUUGGUCUGAAUCAUUUUGGUCAGCUUUUUCAUGGUUUGCUUCUGCUGGUCAACAAAUGAAUGGUGAAGAAGAAGAAGAGGAAGAAGAAGAAAAUAUUACUGUUUCAACUUCUCCAUCACCUACUACUAAACUAGAUUUAACUGAAUUGUUAAGUGUUAUUGGCUAUUUUCAUAGAUUAACUACCAAAUGGUUCAAAUAUAUUGAUGAUUUAAUUAAUGAAACAAAAGAAGAAUUACAAAUUUUAGAAUCUGAUCAACAAGAAUUAAUUGAUAAAGUUGAUUUAAAUAUUUCAUAUCAAGAUAUCUUAGAUAUGGAUUUAGAUCCUUAUAGCUCACAAGAUAUUGAAUUUUUAAAAGAAUUUAUAUCUUUAUAUUUCGAUGAUAAAGUUGACAAUGUAAAUAUUGGAUAUAAUUUGACAAAAAUAUGCUGUUGA